GCUAAUUAAUUGAUCGAGGAAAUCGAAAAUAGUACAAAUUAUACAUCGUUGUCAAAUUCAAUCAAAAUGGCAGAAGACAUUGAUGUUGAAGCUAUGCUGGAAGCUCCAUACAAGAAAAAUGAGCGAGACGAAUAUUUAAUGGAAAAGCGUCUUUAUCAGUGGUUUACCCACAUUGGUGAUAACUGUAGCUGGCAUGAAGAGGUACUAACCUCGGCUCUCUGCUCCUACAUUCUGUUAGUCCUGCUGAACAUUGGACAUGUUUCUUAACCGACAAGAAGGGUUGAUCUUUGAGACAAUUGCAAGCAACGGAGGAUUGAAGAAGGGCGAUGCAGCUUCGUUAAGUCUUGUAAAGAAAGAGGAAUCGAGCAGGAGGAGGCACGCCUCCAGAAGUAGGAGUAAGAGUCGAGACAGAGAGAAACGGCACCGUAGCAAGAGCAGAGACAGAGACAGAAAUAGAAAAACCAGGGAGCAUCGACGAAGCAGGAGCAGGGAACGUAGACGAAGCAAAAGUAGGGAACAUCGACGAAGCAGGAGUAGGGAACGUAGACAAAGCAGAAGCAGGGAACGCUCUAGAAGAGAUGCUGAUAACUAUGAUAGGCCAAGAAGAGAUCGAGGAGAGCCAGAACGAAGCAGACCCUUUGAAAGGGAUAGAGGCAGGGAGCGUGAAAGGGAGAGUUAUAGACCUGAAAGACGUGAACGAAAGGAAAGGCGCAGUGUUUCAAAGGAACGUGUCAAGGAAGUAGAACCAAGAGCAAAAUCACCUGAAUUAACACCAGAACAGCGAGAUGCACGGACAGUAUUCUGCAUGCAGCUGUCUGCUAGAAUUAGACCACGCGACUUGGAGGAAUUUUUUUCGGCGGUUGGUGAGGUGAGAGAUGUUAGGAUAAUAUCGGACCGUAACUCAAGGAGAUCAAAAGGGGUGGCAUAUGUGGAAUUCAAGGAAGAGAUGUCCGUGCCUUUGGCAAUUGGACUGAACAACCAAAAACUGUUGGGAGUGCCGAUCAUUGUGCAGGUUUCUCAAGCUGAAAAGAACAGAGCCGCUAACAGUAACUUGACCCUUCAGAAGGGCAGCACUGGCCCCAUGAGGCUGUACGUGGGCUCGCUACAUUUUAACAUCACUGAGGACAUGCUGAGGGGCAUAUUUGAGCCUUUUGGAAAGAUUGAUAACAUCCAACUGAUAAUGGACACGGAAACUGGUCGUUCCAAGGGAUAUGGAUUUAUAACAUUUCACGAUUCUGAGGAUGCGAAGAAAGCGCUUGAACAGUUGAAUGGCUUUGAACUGGCAGGCAGACCGAUGAAAGUCGGACAUGUGACCGAGAGAACUGAUGGUCAGACUGCAUCAUCGUUCCUGGACAAUGAUGAGCUUGAAAGGACUGGAAUUGAAAUGACCACAACUGGACGCUUGCAACUCAUGGCGAAAUUAGCAGAAGGCACUGGAUUUCAGAUCCCAACCGCAGCAGCAGCCGCUCUCAAUCCACUAGCCCAGAUGCCAGGAUCAGGACUACCACAACUGCCAGGGCAGCAGCAAGCCGUUCCGGGGGCUGCACCUACCCAAGUCAACUUGCAAGCCUCCUUAGCUGCCGCACAGGCCCAAGCACAACAACAUGCAGCGGCAAUCAGUCAACAAGCUUCUCCUGCUACUCCAUCUAUCACGCCAUCCUUUAUGCUGUCUAAUAUGUUUGAUCCAAAUACUGAAUCUGGUGCUAACUGGGAUGUUGAUAUCCGUGAUGACGUGAUUGAGGAGUGCAACAAGCAUGGUGGUUGUACGCAUGUGUACGUUGAUAAAGGCUCUCCUCAAGGUAUGGUGUACGUCAAGUGUCCUACAGCCACGACCGCACAGGCUGCUGUCAAUGCUCUACAUGGCAGAUGGUUUGCUGGUAAGAUGAUCAAUGCAGCAUACGUGCCCCUCGCAAACUAUCAUACUAUUUUCCCUCAAUCAAUUAAUUCAAACCAACUCUUGGUGACUAGUCAAAGAUAAAAUGCAUUCAAGACCAUUGUACAUAAAUUGGAUCAAUAUUGAUACAUUUUCAGGAGCUUUAGGUUUUGUUAUUGAAUUUUGAGAUGAAAAUAUGGUCAAUUUUGUUUUAUACACAUGAUUUUUAAAUUUAACACUGCUGUUACUAUAGUAAUAAAGUGCAGGAAUUCUUGCAGUGAGCUAUGUUCUUGAAAACAAAAACAUGCGAUGAGAAUUCCCCUUAAUACCUUGUAAAUAAGACAAUUUUACAUAUGUAUAAUUAUGUUGAGUAUAAAAUAUUUAAAAGUUAAAAAAAAAAUACAGUAAUACAAUGCCUACACCUAGAUUACUCUUUUAAUUAUGUCCACCUUUUAAUAAUAAAAGCUUAAUGUCUUUUUUUUAUUUUGUUGAUUUUAAUUCGUCAAUAUAUAGUGAUUUAGAAAAUUAAUUUGUCAGAUAUUUGUAUAUCUCUCCCUGAUGUACUGAAUGCUAGGAACUCUUCAUUUUUGUGACACCAAGUUAUAUAUAAUUUGUGGUUCGUUAUUGUAACAAUCAUGUCUCGUCGGUUGAGUAUAUUAAAUGUUUUGCCUGAUAUUUUA